CAUCUCGAGGUCGCCGUUGACUUGCCGUGCUGUUAAGCUUUGCCUUUUGUGCGGCCCAGGCGCGCGUCCACGCUAAAAGGCGGGCGAGCGGGAUCGAUGUGAAAGGACGAUUGGCUGUGCGAUGACUGAGCAAGUCUACGGACGUCUUCGUUCCCAUGCCUGGACAUCACUGAGCCUACGACUUUGUCGAGCUGUCUCAUUUCGACCUUGCGACGGACAGCGGCGGCUGCUUCACUCGCACACGAUAGAUGCAUAUGAAGGGCGGGAGUUAGCAGGCGCCUCUGCGGCUCGCUAUCCAUCGUUGCUCUGCUCGCCUUGCGACGCCAAAUUGCUCUCUGUCUCAGCGCAACCUCGGAGCACGAUCGGAAGAAGUGGUCCUCAUACCACUCGAGGUGAAUUUGGCCCGUUGGCGGUCUGGCUCGUGGAGAGGUUCGCCCACACGCUCCCUCGCAGCUGGUCGUGCAUCCAUCGGGGGCCAAUGAUACGCCACUACCGGCAUCUCAGAAGCUCAGACUCUCGGGACGGACAAACAGACGAUGCUCAUCUUCGUUCUCUUCUUGUUAUCCGGCGCGCGCGCCUCUCGUAUUCGAAGCGGGGGUCUCAAAGAGACCGGCGGACCAUAAAUCGUAUGCGACGCAGGCGGGACCGUAGCUGCGUGCGUCGCGUCCAGCCUCAAAAGUGGCCUCUACGUGUUGUUGAUUCAAGAGGCCCUCCGCUAAGCUGGCUCUCCAGCUCGGACGGCGGGGCCGGAGCGGGCGCCAAGCGAGAUUCGCCCCGUCUUGACUUGAGGUGACUGACUUGCUUUUGACGUCGACUAGCGUCGGCGGCGCGGGUCAAAGUCAAGCGCGACGGACCUGAAAAAGCCAAUCUUCGGGCGCAGCGAGCGACGGAGCAGCGGC